CCCGUCGAGGGCUCGUUUAUUGCAGUCCUUGGUGGCGUGUAUUGACUGAAUCCUGUUCGUGACCCACAAUCCCUACCACACACUUUGCCCCAUGUAUGGCGCCCAUCACCCGUCCCGUACGGUACCUGGUACCACCGGUAUCCACCACCACACACCCACCCCAAAACUGUAAUCUGCGUCACAUAGAAAAGGGAGGUUCCUCAAAGUACACGUAGUAGUCUAAGUUGAUAUAGAAUGGCUUCUCCAUCGCCCACAGAUACCGGUAGCGACGCUAGUAGUGUUACUUCGCGGUUUCUUCAUGUGGAGCGAGAGCGCAUCAAGAGAGAGCGACAAUAUGCCACCAAGUAUCGCCGCCUGUAUUCCGCACUUUUGAGCAAGCAUGAAGGUCUCCUUCAGGAUGCCUGGGGUGGUGAUCAAAGAGCCGAAUCCUGUCUCCUGGACAAGAUUUGGAUAUCGGAGCGCAAUGCCAUGGCCACUGGGUUGGUGGUUGGCUGCACAGUAUUGGCGGUGCUACGCGUUAUUCCUCCCGUGUUUCUUCGGAGGAUUGGAGGCGAAGAAAAGGUUCAAGCUGUGCGACUGGCGGAUGAAGAAGCCAAACGAAUUGGACACUACAAAUACCAAAGGGCGUUUGCUUGGCUAGUGGAAGGUGGAUUCUCCCUAUGGGUAGGUAGCCGAGCUUAUGAUUAUCAGUCCAAGCACUACUCGGAGGAUGCCUAUCAAACCCUGGCCAAAGUCCCUCUCUGCAGUGGACAAAGUAUCAUUUCAAACCGAGUUUGCGACGAAUGGGUAGACAUUACAACCCGUCAAAUACCCAAGGAUUUUUGGAAGAAUGUAGACAGCAACUCGGCAAUCUACAAAGAGAUGGGGCGCAUCCGUGAAGAACGGGCAUGGCGAGCCAUUGUCCAGUUCUCGAACAAUUGCGUCAAACGGAGAGCUUAUGAACGAGCACUGGGAGCCAAAUCGACCGUGACCGGCAACGGCGGAACUACAGAAGCAAUCGACCUGCCAACAGAUGUGCCUCGAGACAUUGUUCUUUCCAAAGCUGAUGCCGAAAGGGUCGUAUCUGACUCUUCGUGGUGAUAUGAAACAAGGGAGGAUUUAUUAUAGAAUCGUUGGCAAGUUACCGGUAGCUACCGGUACCACGCCAUCACGUGCGAUACUACCUGCAGCACCAGGAUGAUGCUAUUGGUAUUUUAGAAGUCUGUUAAUCUCUGGUUUGAGUAGUGUCGUAGCAAAGGCUCCUGAUCCAUCCGGCGAAGGUUGUGUAAUCCUCAACUAGCUACCGGCAGCAAGGCGCUAGACUAUUGCUGCUCGUUGACCGGUUGGAGACAAUGGCGGGGACGAAGCUGAAGAAGUCCAACUUUGAAUUUUCAAACUGAACUAUUAGGCCAGUCAUCGCCACGAAUUCGAUGAUUGAUGGAGUCUGAGACAACCCAAGACAUUGACAUUAUUGGGAUUGGGGUGGCCGCACCCGACAAGUUUCUUCAUCGAGGCGAAAGAGGAGUAAAUUUCAGUGAGCAAAUUUGGCUCAAGGAUUUAAAGUCGCAAAGAUAUUUAACGACUGUAGACAAUUUUAAUACCAGG